AUGGCCUUACGACCACCAUUUGGCACUGCACCGAAUCUGGAGGCCUUGGUCUCUCGGAUUGUUCGAGCAGAUGUGAAUUUACCGGACAACAUCACGAACGAGUACCCGGAAGCUUCAAGGUGUACACGAGCAAUGCUGAGACAGCAACCAGACCGAAGACCAAGUGCAAUGUCACUGCUCAACCGGCCCAGACUACAGCCACCAACCUACGAACUUCCUGGAAUGCAACCAGAAUCCACCAGAGACACGAAGUUGUUUGAUCCCCCCAGCCGAGAACAUCGAGACCGAGACCGAGACCAUCGCGAAUUGGGAUCAAGACCGCGUCAUCUUGGUGAACCAGUCCCAAAUGGAGCCAAAGCAGCCUUUUCUCCACGUACCAAUGUGAGGACCAAGUUGACCAACCAGGUCUUGGACGAGUCCGAUGAAAAGUUUGGUAUCCACCAAUAUGUGACUCACAAAGGCAUCAUUGAUGAUGCCAUUGGACGGCCAAGGCAGACUGGUACCACCGGGACCCAAGCUCGUCCCACUUAUCCCGCCUCUCCAGCGAUUGUAGCCACGAGCGGCUCGGAGACGCGGACAGGAUCCAGAGAAGCAAGGUCUGCAAGGUCUUUUGGUCAACCUUUGUCGGCAAGACCCAAGGCUGGGACGAAGUCAUGUGCAUACCAAGCGCAGCCACAGCCGCUCCAAAGGUCCCCGCGCUCCCCUGGUCCAGCAGACCACACAGAGCAUGGUACAGGAACAAGGAGCAGCUCGACUCCACGCUCUCCGUGCGAGGACCGAAGCUCCAAGUUUCAGCACCGCCGGGAAGAGCGAUGUCGGCAGAGCCAGGCCUUCCGGCAAUGGCUGCGCGAACAGCGGGCCAAAGGCAAGGAGAGCCCAGGAGCAAUGGCAGAUUCCUCGCAGAGCCCUAAACAAGAGGAGUCAUCUCCAUGCGAAUUCUCUCCUCAGUCGGUUGUAGCCACAGCCACUGAAAGCGCAGGAGAGCCUGGUGACAAGCUAAAUGAGUCAAGAGAGACGGCUAGUUCCAGAUCUCCAACAUCACCUUCUCAGCCACGGCUGCGGAAACCAAAGAUGUCCCAGCCGAGACAAGAAUGGAGGACAGAAAUCUAUUGUCCUGGCUUCCCAGUCAUCACCGUGGAAGAUGAGGCAGCUGAGGAGCGACAAGAUCAAUUGGAACCUUCCAGGACAUCACCUGAAGAGUCGAAACUUCCACUGCCUACUGACCGUGCUGCAGUGAAUGACUCAGAGUCGACUGAUGCGAACUUUACUGUCGUUGUACAGAAGCUGGUCACUGAAGCAGACAACAUGACUUUCGAGAUCGAGUGUGACAAGCCCAAUCUGCAGAAGCUGUACAAGAGCCUGACGAAGGAUGACUCAGUGGUUCGUUCGGGAGGUCUCCGCAAGCUACCUUCCAAAAAAAGUGCCAUGCUGCCAGAUCACGUGAUGCUGCUGCAAGUGUUUGCCACUGUUUGCUUUCAAAUCCUUUCCCCAGCAGGGGAGAAGUUCUUCGCUGACUACCUCUUGUCCUUCACUGGAUUGAGCCUCUUGCGCAGCAUGGUGCUCAAGGUUGAUGAAAAGAUCAACGAGUUCAAGGACAAGGUCGAGAUGAAGGUUCUGGGCUCAAGUUCCAGCGUGGCAAGGGAAUCGCAGGACAGAAGUGGUUGGGAGGGCUUCAUGCAAUAG